CACUGCUUGCAGCAUAUAAGAAGGCACCCAUGCAUACAAAUGCCAAUGACCACAGGACCCAGGGACAGCCAGGAUCUCCGGGCCUCCCAGCAUGAAGCUCAUAGUCAGCCUCACCCUGGUCAUACUGACUGUCUGCUGCAGCUCUGCUUCUGCAGAGACCUGCCCAGAAUUUCUUCAUGUCAUGGAAACCCUCUUCAUGGGCACACUCUCCAGUUAUGAGAAUGCAGUGCAACCUUUCAACCCUGACCCAGACAUGACAGCUGCUGGGCUCCAGAUGAAGAAGCUGCUGGACACCCUCCCCUUGGGGACCAAAGUGGACAUCAUGAGGCUCUCGGACAAAAUAUUAAAAAGCCCACAGUGUGCUAAGAUUUAGAAAUUCAAAGCCCACCAGAUUUGGAAGCCAGAGAUGUCCAACUGCCAAAGCCCCCGGCACUGCACCACGCCUCCGUGAAGGACCCCGCCCCCUGCCCGGCUUAGCUCUGCAAUAAACUACAAGCAUCUCA